AUGGCAUCACUCUCACUCUCAAAGCAGCUAAGCUCUCUGUUCCUAGUAAUAUCCAUGGUGGGUAUGCUUGGAACUUUCAUCAAUAUUGUGGGGGUAGAUGGAGCAACUUCUUCUUCUUCUUCUUCUUCUUCUUCUUCAACUUGGUGUGUGGCAAGAAGUGAUGCUACCACCCAAGCCCUUCAGACAGCCUUAGACUAUGCAUGCGGGGCUGGUGCUGACUGUUCCCCAUUACAAUCCACUGGCCUCUGUUAUCUUCCAAACACAAUCCAAGCUCAUGCCUCUUAUGCCUUCAACAGUUAUUAUCAGCGCAAGGCUAUGGCUCCUGGCUCUUGUGACUUCUCCGGCACUUCCACCAUUGCUCAAACCGAUCCCAGUUAUGGAUCUUGUGUGUACCCAUCUUCUGCAAGCACGGCUGGAGGGACAACUACGCCAACCACGCCACCAGCUACAGGCAUUUUCGGUGCACCAACAACGCCUACGACACCAACAUUUGGCGGGGGUAGCGUUACUGGAUUCACUCCAAUGACCCCGACGAUCCCUGAGUCUGACGACAACUCAAAAGCAUCCCUUGAGUCCAUGAUCCCAACAAUCUUGAUGCAUGUGUCCUUCAUGUUUGUUCUUUCAUUUACCCUAAACUAA